AAAGGUCAGCGAUCAGAGGACGAAAGCAUGUUUCACAGUGGGUCCACGGCUCAGUAACAGUUGGGCUACGAUACAAAGUUUUAUUUGUGUAAAGCAGAACAAUCCUUUUUUGAAAUAGUAGUAUUCAAUUAACUAACAUCUUCUAUCAAGUCAUGUUGAAACUGGUGCAAUUUGGAGCACCCCAUGUGUACAGGAAUCGGUUGUAUAUAAAGUCAAUUUAUGACACCACCGCCACUAAACACCUUGUGAAAGUAAUAAGCUGUUCCUUUACGACUAGUGGCAAUUUAUCAAAUGAAGAUGAUUUGGCUAAAAUUCGCAACAUUGGUAUAUCAGCGCAUAUCGAUUCCGGUAAGACUACGCUGACGGAGAGGAUCCUUUUCUACACCGGCAGGAUCAAGGAAAUGCAUGAGGUUAAAGGCAAAGACAACGUUGGUGCUACUAUGGAUUCUAUGGAGCUGGAGAGGCAACGAGGCAUCACGAUCCAAUCAGCGGCAACAUAUACUGAAUGGAAUGGCAGUAAAAUCAACAUUAUUGACACCCCUGGCCAUGUGGACUUCACUGUUGAGGUUGAACGUGCAUUACGCGUACUGGAUGGAGCAAUUCUCGUCCUGUGUGCUGUUGGUGGUGUGCAGAGUCAAACCUUGACGGUCAACAGGCAGAUGAAGCGCUACAAAGUCCCAUGCUUAGCCUUCAUCAACAAAUUGGACAGGCAAAAUUCGAAUCCAUCUCGAGUACUGUCUCAAUUGAAAGCCAAGCUGAACCACAAUGCUGCUUUUCUUCAGAUUCCCAUUGGCCUGGAAAGCAACUCACAAGGUGUCGUUGACCUCAUAGAAAGAAAAGCAAUUUAUUACGAAGGUGAAUUAGGACAAACAGUCACAUUUGGUGAAGUACCACAAAACUUGCUAGAAGAAGUUGAAGAAAAAAGAAAAAGGCUUAUCGAGGCAGUGUCAAAUGUUGAUGACGAGCUAGGGGAAAUGUUUCUAGAUGAAGUUGAACCAACUGAACAACAAUUAAAGGAAGCAAUUCGAAGAUGCACUUUAAAGAGGCAGUUCACUCCAGUCCUAAUGGGGACGGCGCUCAAGAAUAAAGGUGUACAAACGUUAUUAGAUGCUGUUGUCAGCUACCUGCCAACACCCGCAGAGGUCCACAAUUAUGCCCUCAAUGAAACUGAUGAAAAAAUACAACUAGACCCUGGAAGAAAUUUUGAUAAUGAUUUUAUUGGUCUUGCAUUUAAGUUAGAGGCUGGUCGCUUUGGACAGCUAACAUACAUGAGAUGUUAUCAAGGGGGCUUUGCCAAAGGACACUAUAUCUACAAUACUAGAACACAGAAAAGGACCAAAGUGUCGCGUUUGGUGAAGAUGCAUGCCGAUAAAAUGCAGGAUAUCAAUGAAGUGUAUGCCGGAGACAUAUUUGCCUUGUUUGGCAUUGAUUGUGCAAGUGGUGACACUUUUGUCAACAAACCCAAGAUGCAAUUAUCCAUGGAAUCGAUACACGUUCCAGAUCCAGUUAUUUCGUUGUCAAUCAAACCAGUCAAGACUGCAGAUCUUGACAACUUCUCCAAAGGCAUCAAUAGAUUCUCCCGUGAAGAUCCCACAUUCAGAGUUCAUUUUGAUAGUGACAGUAGAGAGACUAUUAUAUCAGGAAUGGGUGAACUUCAUCUUGAGGUUUAUGCUCAGAGGAUGAACAAUGAAUAUAAGUGUCCGGUGAUCACAGGAAAACCUAAAGUAGCUUUUCGUGAAUCACUCGUCAGUAAAGUCGAGUUUGAUUAUCUGCACAAGAAGCAAAGUGGUGGUUCAGGUCAAUUUGGCAAGGUCAUUGGGGUCAUAGAGCCACUUCCAGCAGAUUCUUAUACUAAAAUUGAGUUUGUAGAUGAAACAGUUGGAACCAAUGUACCAAAGCAGUAUGUACCAGCAAUAGAAAAGGGAUUUAUGGAGGCAAUGGAGAAUGGUAUACUAAUUGGCCAGAAGAUCACAGGCGUUAGGAUUAGACUACUGGAUGGUCAGCAUCAUAUAGUAGACUCCAGUGAACUAGCAUUCAGGUUGGCAGCCAUCGGAGCCCUCAAGCAGGCAAUGAGUACAGCACAGUGCAAUAUACUGGAGCCUAUCAUGUCAGUAGAGGUGAAUGCACCUGAUGAAUUCCAGGGGCCUGUAAUUGCAAGCAUCAACAAGCGACAAGGAGUGAUUACAGGUACAGAAGGAGGAGAAGGCUACUUCACCCUGGAAUGUGAGGUUACUUUGAAUGACAUGUUCGGAUAUGCUUCAGAGCUGAGAUCACUGACCCAGGGCAAGGGUGAAUAUUCAAUGGAAUACCAUCAUUAUCAGCCAUGCCGUCCAACCGUGCAAGCAGAAUUAACUCAGCAAUAUCAAGCAGAUAAUGGACUUUUGAAAACCGCCAAAAGACAACGGUGAUGAAUGCUCACCUUUUUAGAAUGCAUUUUAGGAUAUCUCAUAAAGAUAAUUAUAACUAAUAAAUGAUUAUAACUUUGGAUAUUUAGGGCACUAAUUUCCUUUUAUAUUGGUGAGAUGUCACCACAUGAAUUACUCAGAUGUUAAAAGAUGAAUUGAUGAAAUAUUACCAGUCAGGCAUGGAUCUAGACCUUCACACCAUUCCCCAUGGCAAAGUUAAGAAUGAUAGAUAAAAUUUAAAAAGAAAGUCUAUUUCGUGAAUACUUUCCUGGAUACACCGACUAAUUGCCAUUGUUCCUAAAUGGAACACCCCUUCGAAAUAAAUGGAACAGUCCGACCCAGGGCGCCACGUACGAACCGUCUUCCUAACAAACGUUCUCAUUGAUUUGUGAAGUAUCUGCAGUGCCGAAUAAAUGAAUUAGGUUCAUAAUUCUCUUUAAUAUUAUUGCCGUAAAUAGUUUUAGGGGGAUUCUCUUCUGUAAACCCACCCCAGAUGGACCUGACCUGUGUACCUAUCUCUGCAGUAGUCAGGGUUAGUUUUGAUGCUGUAUAAUGUCACCAGUUGAUGUGGUGAGAUGUAAAUAUAGAUGAUGUGUAAGAUUUUACCUGUUGGUAUAGAGAUGUCACCAGUUAAUGUGAUGAGAUGUUACCAGUUAGUGUAGUGAGGAUUAGUAGCUAAUGUGGUGAGAUGUCACCAGCUAAUGUGGUGGGAUGUCACCAGCUAAUGUGGUGAGAUGUUAAUGUGGUGAGACAUUAUCAGUGAAUGUAGUGAAAUAUCACCAGUUAAUGUGGUGAGAUAUUACCAGAUAAUAAUGUGGUGGGAUGUAACAUUACAAUUCAUGUCAGAUGAUGUGGUAGGAAUUUCCAGUUAAUGUGUAUACAUGUCUCUAGUUGAUGUGAAAGAUAUUACCAGGUGAAGUGGAGAAAUGUUGCUUGUUGAUAUGGAGAAUGAUACCUGUUGAUGUGGAGAAAUGUUAACUGUUGAUGUGGUGAAGUAAGGCCAAAAAAAAAUUGUGUUAUCCACAUUUUCGGAAAAUACAAAAAAUGGGUAGGUCGGUAUAAAAACUUUUUUUAAAUAUGUGUUUACACCUAAAAAGUAGAAAACACACAAAUAAUACAACAAUUUUGUAUUCAGAUCGUGUACCACCCAGCAAAAUAGGCUAGACCUCGGCCCCCUAGCGUUGUCAAGGUUAUUCCAGCUUUAUUUGCUCAUAAAAAAAUAUUUUUUGUUGUGACCAACACAAUUUUUUUUUUGGCCUUAUCAGUUAAAGUAGUGAGAUUUAAACAGUAUUGCUGUGAGAUGCUACCAAAAACAGUUUAGUUGCCAGUUGAUGUGGUAAUAUGUCACCAGUUGAUGCGGUGAGAUUCCAUUAGUUGGCGUACUGAGAUUUCACCAGUUGGUAUGGUAACAUUUGACCAGUUGAAAUGGUGUUACGCUACUAGUUGCGCUAUGAUCUUGAUAUAGCAGCUCUAUAUAAAUACACAUUAUGUAUGUAUGGUAAGAUUUCACCAUUGGAUAUGGAGAGGUAUCAAUAGUUGAUGUGGUGAGAUGUCACUAGUUGAAUUGGUCAGAUGUCACCAGUUUAUGGAUGAGAUGCUGUUCGAUAAUGCCGUAAGAAUUGCCAGUUUAUUUGAGGAGAUGUCAAUGCUUUCAAUUCCUAUUUAACUUAAUGAAAGAUUUAUUUGUUAAAACCUAAUUUAAAUUAUACAAAUUUAAUUUUGGAUCAGUGUACUUUGUCCAAAUAAAGUCAAGAAAAGUGGAGUACUAUAGU